AUGGCUGACCCGACGCCAUUUCGUUUCAAGCAACAGCACCCAAACGUGCCGUCCAAGAAUCCAAGCCUUCCCAAGAAACAAUGGGAAGAGCUAAAGCCCGUGAUAUCAGGAUUUCUACAUGAAGGAGUCACCGUCUCCGAGAUUCUUCGACAGCUUGACUCUAGGCAUGUUCACGUCACAAGGAGCCAGCUCACAAAUCAGAUGAAUAAAUGGGGACUGAACAGAGACAAUGCCCAACUCCACCAAAGAGCUGACCGCUCGGCUCGAACUCUUCCGACGACUUGUCCAGACUCUACUGAAACGCAAGGUCUGGGCUCCAACAUGGAAACUACGACGAUCCGCGACCGUGGGUCCGUUACAGGUUUCGAGACCUCGACCCUGGAACAAUUCUCAUCUUUAAGAAUCGAGUCAGGCACAGACCAUGUCUCUGAGGCUACCGGUGCACAUUCAUCGCCCGGCGUAGGUCCAGGAAGUUCUCCAAAAGCGGCUCCUACUCUAGCUGUUACUACGGACACACCUUGUAUCAAUGAGUUUAUACAUUCGGCCGUACCGUGGCGGCGUGUCAUUUUGACCAGUGAGCUAUCUGCACGACCGGCUCAGACGUUCAACUCAGAAGUUCAAGUGACGACUUAUCCGACACUCCGCAUGCCUCCCUACGAAGUGAUCAGCACUAUCAAUGUUCGGAAAGAACUGCUGAUAGGCAUAACUCCAUUCACCUCCGGCGGACGUUCCUUCAUCGGCAGGUUAGAUUACACAGCAACAUUGCUUUUCCUUACGAGACACUUUGGAGAAGCUUUCGAUAUCUUAUAUCUCAUUUCUUCUACACUUAAUGACUGGAUGAGAGAGAAUAUCUGGCUCAGUCGCUACUUUCUCCUCUUCGUCAUAAGAUGCGCUCGUUCUGCUUGUACUGUACAACAGAAGCUGGUCGCAGAAGCACUCGUCGAUCAGCUCAGUGACUGGGUGGAGAAGCUGCAACAACACGUUGACCGCGGCUGCGCACGGUAUAUGCGAGGCCUUCUUCAACUGGGCGUGGACGGGUCGGAGAGUGGAACACCAGAGCAAAUGGCCUAUUGGACUGCUAGCUCUAUUCUAUCCAGCAUGUGGCUUUACCUGUUUCCCACAAAAAUCGGAGCAACGGAAUUCCAUCCCCGAGCCAUCCUUGACUAUCUCUACCUUUCUCCCGAAAUCCAAGUGUCGAUGCUCAGUGCUCUCUCUCUCAUUAGAGGAGGUGUGCGGGAGAGAUAUGGGGACCUCAAUAAUCUCAACAGGUAUGAUCCUACCCUGUUUCAAGAGUUUGUCGGAUCUCCUUGCUUUGUGCAGGCCCUGGUGUGUCGGCUCCUCGAAAAGCUCGCCUGCACUAAUCCACUCUAUUGGUCUGGUAACUCAACUCCUGGCCAAGGCAACAAGCAGUUUUCAGAGGGGUUUUUGAGACAGGCUGUGGUGAUAUUGACCUUGCUUGUCGUUUCCCGCUCUUCCCUGUCUUUACCCAGAAGUGUUUAUUCCCUUGAAUCUGCGAUCGCGAAACUUCAACAAACCUUGGAGUCCGGCCCGGGGAGCAGUGACUAUAGACAAGUCGUUGAUGAGUACCUGCAGUUGAGUUCAAGAAGGGUCGCAGAGGAACAACAGACAACUUUAACACCACUUUGGCUUGAUGUGGCAGUACCCAGAGAAGUGACAGGUCUAGCGAGUCCGACACCUAAACUUGAUGUCUUUGACAUCUCAAUCCAGCACUUCAGGCACCAAAGGGGUUUCACAAGAGCGGAUCCGAUUCUUGAUCUACAGUUUCCAGGUGCUCAUUCCUGGGCGCCACAAUCGCCGUCAAUUGGGGACCGAUCAGAGGUAGCAACUCUUGCCAAGUCUUUGACGCCGUCAACGAGCUCGUCGUUUAGGUUGUUCAAGUCCAUCGGCCGUGGAAGCGUUGCCUCUACUUCUAACCUGUCGAUGCGAACAGCAUCUACAGGCAUGUCAUUAGGGAGGAUGAGCUGGAAGUUCAGUGCGGUAACGGGAAUGCCGUCGGAUCCCUCAAUCGUGUAA